AUGCAGGCCAGGAAACAAAAACAAACAAGCAGCACAGUGAAGUUUCUACACAAGAAAACUUCUCUCCGUGAAUACAGAGAAGACUCGACGGCGAAAGAUUCAUCCUACAAAGCGGGUGGUGGUAAUAACGGUGAGGAUGAUGAUGCUGGUAAAAAUUACAAUGCCUUGAUCGUGUAUGAACCAGUCAAGAAGAUGGAGAUGGUUCCAAGAAAGAAGCAAGGGUUAGGGUUCAUUAAGAAGCUGUUGUUCAGGAGGAAAAGAGUGAGCAGCAAGAAAUGUCUUGCCUUGACUAUGUGA